ACUUGUCAGGUAGCGUCUAAGUCCUCCGGUAAAUGUUUUUUUCAUGUCGUUGCUGUAUCCCAUGUGACUCCUCUCUAUUUUUGUCUCUGCUUGCUAUUAAAAAAGCCUUGGGUUGUAAAGUGAUACCUCCACCAGAUCCAAUGAACAUUGUGUGUGUCUGACAUUUUCUGUGGCCAGAGCUACAGAAUAAAGGGGAGAAAGAAGGGCAACAUCGGGAAUCGUGGAUUUACCUUGACUGGAGAAUGUCGAAGAAAACUGUCCCUUUCUCCUCGUUUAUGUCAACUGUCAAAAGACUGGAACAGAGACUGGAGGAUCUACAGGUUCAUUUUGACUUUAUACAGAAAGCAGCAGAUGAGUUGGAUCGACGUCUGGCUCUGCAGGGAGAUUCUAUAGCGAAACAAGAAGGCCAGAACGAGACAUGGAAAUCUCUGAUGGAAACCAGCUUUUCACCACGGGAACAGGACCUCUUGUACAGCUACACUGUGGAUGCCCUGGGCUUUCUGCGCAAUCUGGUGAGAGAGCAGUUGCCAGAACUGGAAAAAGACCUUCCAACACUGGCUUCCAUAUUGAAACUAAAAAGCCGAAAUGAGCAAAUAAAGCAGGCGUACAACACUGCUCUAAAUAAUCUGGGCCUUUCCGAGGACAAUGUGAAGUCUCUGUGUGUUUUUCUCAUCACCUGCUACUAUGAUGCAAAGUAUAUACCUCGGGAGGAACGAAAAGACUGGGCAGGGAAGAUGAACCAUAUGAUUGAUGUUGUUGUUACCAAUCAGGAGAUGCAGAAAAGCUUUAAGAAUGCAUUGCUGGCAACAGAAAAGGCCCAACUUCUCAAAGAUACAAAUAAAGAAGGCUAGUUGUACCCGUGCUCCAACAUCAUAUACAAUCAAUGAACUUGCUUCAGAGGAAUAUUUACUGUAGCUAUAAUCUCAUGGUGUAUCUCCUCUGUACAGGUUAGGAGUAAAAUAAUUAUGAUAUAGAAA